AUGCAGGGACAUUACGACCACAUCUUCAAGAUCCUGCUGAUCGGCGACGCCGGCGUUGGCAAGUCUUCAAUUUUGCUGCGCUUCACCGACGACGCAUUCGAGGAGCACCUCGCCUCGACGAUCGGCGUCGACUUCAAGGUCAAAACGGUGCACAUGCGCGGCAAGACGCUCAAGCUGACCAUCUGGGACACCGCCGGCCAGGAACGCUUCCGCACCCUGACAUCGUCAUAUUACCGCGGCUGCCACGGCAUCAUCCUCGUCUUCGACGUCAAUGAUCGGCCCUCGUUCGAGCACCUGCGCACAUGGCUCGACGAGUUUGAGCUGUAUGCGACGAGUGCGGCGGCGGCCAAGCUGCUCGUUGGCAACAAGGUCGACCUCGACGCGCGGGAGGUGACGGUCGAGGAGGCGCAGGCCUUCGCGCGACAGCAGGCGACCAUGUACAUUGAGACGAGCGCAAAGACGCGCUCCGGCAUCCUGCAGGCCUUCGACGAGAUCGUCCAAAAGGUGCUCGACACCCCUGAGCUCCUCGCCGACGCCGGCGGUCGCGCCACCGCGCUGCCGCAGCAACUGGACUCCGACGACGGCGGGGGGUGCGGCAUGUGCUGACGAGCACGCGCGAAACGUUUCCUCCGGCCCCUCCUGUGGGUCGAUCGACUCCGUGCGCACCGUGGAGAAAGCACGACACUGGAACGUCAAUGCCGCAGCGGCAAACGAUCUCUCUCCCCCAGGGGAAAGCCACAAAUCCGUGUGUGAUUUGACACUGCGGCCGCGCUCGUUGUGAGAAAAGGGCGUGGCUUUCCAAAAUAGA